GAAUAGUAUCAUAUAUUUAUACGUAUAUAUCAUCUAUUUCGUUCAUCUGUGCCUUUGUGGACCACAGUUAAUCUAAAAGUGCAGUGCAAACUGUGCAAUGCAUUGACUUUGGUUGUUGAUAAAAUGAAUUGACUGAAAAUUAUAAUUUAUAAUCUAUCACAAACUGUAACACUUGCCAAAUAAUGUGUAACGACGUAAUUGGACCUGAAUAAACGCUUAAUUAGAGCACUGUAACUAUUGAUAGGCAAAUUCAGGAAUGAGAUCAUGGAGUACCUGGAAAGAAUUUGUCGCAGUAUAAGAGGACAAAUCUAUAACUUACCGGUUUCUGUGCCGAAAACUGUCGAAUAUGUUAAUAGAUCUAUGAACAAAGUGAGAUUACCGCCUUUCACAAAGGAUAAUGUCUUAUACUAUUAUUUACCGUUACAAGGUCUAGUUAGUUACACAACUUUAUCUGUCAGUGUUAUGAACCCUCAUUUGAUGGUCAGGCUAUUCCCAAGGCGUGAUGUCACCGAUGUGUUAUUCUUGACCGCCGGUGGAGGUGCUGGGCUCUGGUUAUGGGCCAGACCACACAUGUCAGCAGCUGCUCCUGCUAGAAGAUUUUCUUGGGCGUUCCUUGGAGGUUGCUUGUGGCCUCUAGGUUCAAUUUUUUUGUGGGCAAUUUUAAGAAGUUCUGUUGGUCAAAGACCUGUUGUUGGUACAAUACUUGGAGUAACCACAGGAGCUAUGCUUACAAAUAUUGCUUUAGAUUAUUUUCAUUAUGUAGAACUGAUGUUUUGUGGAGAAGUACACCUUCCAGAGGAAACAUAUACUCCUAACAGUGAUGAUGAAAAAUAUGAUAUUGAUAUUUAAAUAAACAAUUUAUCAAGCUUCAAA